UGCAUGUAACCCAUUCCUCCAUCCUUCCCUCCCUCUCUCCCUCUCUCUCUUUCUGUCUCUCUCUCACACUUGCUUGCUCGUCCUGCGACCACUCUGCUUGUGCUCUUCCCCGCUGCAAGGUGCUCAUGACCGGACGAGGACAUCUGCAACUUUGCAACUGAAGCACAGAAGAGAGAAAUUUGACCAACGAGCAUCAUGACCAGGAAGGUGUUCACCAACACCCGCGAGCGCUGGCGCCAGCACAACGUCAACACCGCCUUCGCCGAGCUGCGCAAGCUCAUCCCCACGCACCCGCCGGAGAAGAAGCUGAGCAAGAACGAGAUCCUGCGCCUGGCCAUGCGCUACAUCAACUUCCUGGUGCGGCUGCUGGAGACCCAGGGGGGCGGGCGGCCGUCCGUGGUGGACCACGCCCCCGCCGCCUUGCUCACGCUGCUGAGGGGGAACAUGGAGCAGCUGCGCUCGCCUUCCCGCCACCCGUGGACCCUGGCCAGCGACACGGAGGCGCCCUCGCCCGGCUCCAGCUGCGACAGCUCGGAGGCCUGGUAGGGCGAAACACCCGGAAGCAGAACCACUUUGUCAGUUUUCCGACAGGAAAACUGCAGCACCUGAGUGAUCGGGUCGGAUUUUUAGACCCAAGCGGACUGCAUAUUUGCAAGUGGAAGCCAUUUGUGUUUGAAAAAUACCCAUUAGGUCAGGGGUGCCUAAAGUGCGGCCCGGGGGCCAUUUGCAGCCCUCAGUUGUUUUAUUUUUGGCUCACAGCAUCUUCUAAACGUAUUCAUUCAUUCAUUCCACUAACAACUUAGCCACCUAUCAAUACAAAGCUAAGAUGUUCAGCUAGCUUAGCAUAUAAGUUGGAUUUUUAGCAUCUUUCAUGUACAAAAUGUAUCAAAGUGGUUCCUGCACCCCUGAUCUAAUAUUGCCCGUCGGGUUUUUGUUACAACGUGAGGCAAUUUCAUUUCCACAUAAUUGCCUCUGCCGAAUCUCUGUGACCGGGACCGCCUCAAAAAGCACUUUUAUGUCAAUGGCCGGGUUUUUCUUUCUUUUUCCCGACUGGGGAGAAUCUGCACUGCGUUUUUUUUAAGUAAGGAAAGUGACAAUGCUUUUUGUCACCUAAUUUUAUUUUUUGUACAGUUUGCAUUUCAUCUCGCCAAAGAUUGAUGUGUUGAUUGUUCAAUUGUGACGAGUGUGCUAAUUAGCAUUGUUUGUAAGUUAUUUUUAUUGUGAUUGUGAAAAUGAUUAUUUAUUUGAACUAUUUAUUAAAUA